CUAACUUCGACCUGUGUUCAGACUACAGAGAUGUCUACAGGACCCAGGCUGAGUGGUGUGUUUGCAGUGCACAAGCCUGUGGGUUGGACAUCUGCAGAUGUGGUCAGGAAAAUCCGAGGUGUUAUAUGUACAGAGCUGAAGAGGAGAGGUACCCAGGUCACCCGUCGCUCCAUCAAACUUGGCCAUGGAGGCACGCUGGACUGUAGGGCAGCUGGGGUUCUAGUUUUAGGUCUGGGUAGAGGAACAAAGCAGCUUCAUGACCUCAGUGCAACACAAAAGAGGUACAUAGCAGAGGGACAGUUGGGAAAGGCCACAGAUACCUACGAUACUGAUGGAAAAAUUACAGAGGAGAAACCUUUUGAUCAUGUCACAGAAGACACCUUGAGACAGACCAUGGACACCUUCAGAGGGGAACAGAUGCAAGUGGCUCCCAUUUACUCAGCACUGAAGGUUGCGGGUGAGCGGCUGUCUGAUCGGGCCAGGAGAAGAGAGGCAGUGAAACCCAAGCCUCCCCGCCCUGUGGUCGUCCACUCUCUGGAACUCCUCAGUUUCAACCCUCCACACUUCCAACUUGGAGUCACCUGUGGAGCAGGCUUUUAUGUGAGGUCUCUUGUUUAUGACCUUGGCCAUGCUGUUGGCAGCUGUGCCCACCUGACAUCCCUGUGUAGAGUCCAGCAGGGGAUAUUCCCACUGGACCAGGCACUACCAAUGGAGAAGUGGACAUUACCUGACAUAGAGGCAGCUGUGAGCACCUGACAGCUGUGAGCACCUGACAGCUGUGAACACCUGACAGCUGUGAACACCUGACAGCUGUGAACACCUGACAGCUGUGAACACCUGACAGCUGUGAACACUGACAGCUGUGAACACCUGACAUGCAGGGGCUGGGUCCCUCUCACAGGAUCAGGUGCCACAGCUGGGGAAGGGGACAUUACCGGAAAUAGAAAGCUGUGAACACCUAACACCUGUGUACACCUGACAGUCACUCAUGAUCACACUUGCGCAGAUGCUACAGCUGCAGAAGGGGACAUGUAUUACCAGACAUAGAGGCAGCUGUGAACACCUGACAGACAGCGUGAGUCUCUAACACUGGAGCAGAGACUACCAA